CACAUUUGAUAUUUACCUUUCCUAACAUGGACCAAUCAAUGGAUUAUCUCAAGGCCGUCAAGUUAUGUUCCUUUCUCGAAAUUCGAAUCCCCUUUCCGCGUCCCAGUAGUACCUUUAUUCAUGACUGGCUUUGGCUACUGUUACACUCGAUGGCUGGCCCGUCGUCCCUUUGGCUGGAGUGAGUUCGAGCAACUCAUGGGGAUUCUCCGAGCAUGGAGAAAGAAAACAUGGCCGAUCCAUGAACUUCUCCAAGCUGUGAAGCUUCUAUUCCUCAGAGAUCUUGAUCUUUUUGUGGGAUUUGAGGGAUUUGUUGCGCAUUCAUAUCCGAAAGAGACCGAAAAAGCGAAGGCCAUCAGUGCUGCCGAGAUGGUAGCUCACAGGCAGGCUUGCGAACGACAGUCAGACUCCAGGCUCCUGACUCUUCCGAGAGAGAUUCGUGACAAAAUCUGGGAGGAUGUCGUGACAGGAAAUGUCAUCCAUGUCUCUACAUGUUCAGAAAUUCACGUUAAACGUCGUCGCUCAGGUCGUCCCAAACGCCCCCAUUGGAAUUACCACAGCUGCAUGGCUUUGAAGGGGCUCGAGAGCUCAGCAUGUCCACCUGGCUCAGGAGAUCAUAUCCACUGCCCCACCUCUGGCCCGAGCAAUUAUGCUAUCAUUCAUCUCGUUUGCAAGCAGAUUCACAUGGAACUAGACUCAGCAGACACAUUCUUCUCGCACAAUGCUUUGCAAUUUGCAGAUCUUGUUGUUGCCUACAAGUACCUCUUCGGUCUCAAGGAAGAUGAUCGAGCGGCCAUUACUCAUUUGAGGCUUUCUAUCCCCUACUCCUUGACGAGUGUUGAACACGAGCCCUACCACCGACCCGGAAAUGUUCCCGAGUGGCACGCUAUUUGUAAUUAUUUCUCUAACCCUUGGAAUAGGAGAACGCUCAACAUGUAUCCCCAGCCAGGAGACAAAUCAUGGCUUCUGAAAGAGCCAAUUUACUUCCGCUAUUCAGACCGCUAUGACUACGAAAAUGCAGACCGAAUGAAUAAAAAAUGGCAAGUUGGUCGGGGCAAUACUAGUUGGGACAUUGAUAUUGCAGAGUUGAAGUACAAAGGUUCUCCCCGACUGGACUUGGCAAUGGAACUACCAGAAUUUGAGUUUCGAAUCGAUGCAGAACCCUCGCUUGAUGCCCUUUGGGAUGCAGAGGACUUCGAUAACUUUCCCAAACCAUGGCUCAAACCACUCUUGCAGUUCAGAAACCACGAUGGAGUCACUCUUCAAUUCUGCGAUAACAAAGGCCUACGGACGAAACCGAAGCUCGAGGCUUUUACUUCUGCCUUGAAGGAAUACAUGUCUGGUCCUCCGAUCGGGCCCAGAAUAUGCGCUUUCUUUCAUGGUAGGUCUUAUGGAAAUGGUAACGAUCCAUAUCCCACAGGGUAUCCAAGAUGGUAGUUUCCGGGUGAUAACAGCUUGAGGCAAGAUGUUGAGGAGAGAGCCCCAAGAUAUAUAUAGUUGAUCAUACUGCUACAAUCAUUUGUGCUACUGAAGACCGCAUAAAAGUCGAAUUCCUAGGCAAUCAUGUACUUAAUCACAUAUACGACUCAUCAAUAACGGCAAUUUGAAAAUCCUUCUCGG